AUGGCAAGUGCACAAUCAAAUCCAGAGUACCUUAAUUAUUAUGAUUAUAUAAAUUUUAAAGAUAAAUUUAACCCAACUUGGGUAACAACUUUUAACAAAGAAAAAUUUGAAAAUAUCCUUAAUAAUACUCUUGAAAAUGAUGUAAGAAGUAAGUAUUAUGAUGUUUUAAAAGAAAUAUUUAGACAUAUAUAUAACUAUAAUGUUUUUACGAGAUUUGGUGCCACAAAACCUUGUAUAUAUGUUAGCUAUAUUUUACAUAAAGUAGUCAAAAAUAAAAAAGGCAUGCAAUAUAAUGAAGAUACAUUUAAUACUACCAAAAAAUUUGUUGAGAAAUUUAAAAAAGAGGAAAGUUAUAGUAAUGAAGGUUGUGAAUCUAAAAUGGUUUACAUAGAUUCUAACACAUAUGAAAAAAUGAAAUAUUUAUAUGAUUUGUAUGAUAACUACUAUGAAUAUACCAAUAAAAAUUAUUGGGCAGAUUAUGCAGACAAAUGUAAAACCAUUGGACUUGCGAUGCAUUAUCAUAAUAAGAUUAUAGAUGAUUAUCAGUCAGAUGACGAUUUAGUUAAAAAAUCAUUAGAUAUGAAACUUUUAAUAGAAAAAUUAGAAUUACAGCCUUCUCAUGAAUGUAAUUAUAAAAUAAGAGAAUUGAAAAAAUCAAAUCUAGAAUUAGAAAGAGAAAGAGAAAAAGAAAAAUUAAAAGUUCAUACAACAGGUGAAGGACAAAAACUACCGUUAAGACCACAAGAUGCAUUUUCUUCACAGGUAACCGCAUUAGAAAAUGAAGUUCUAAAUGCUAAAGAAAGUGAAUCUGGACAUCCAGAACAACAAAAACAUGUAGAAGAACCAUUACCUGCAAGAGAAUUAAGUACGCAUGACAGAUUAAUAGAUUCUAAUAGAUCUAAUGUUAAUCAACAACCUGGACAUCAUCAACAAUCUGAACUCAAUCAUGAAUCUGAACGUUACCAAACAUUUGAUUAUAAUCAAGUAUCACAAACUUAUAAUUCACGAGGAAAUUCAUUUAAUUCUCCAAGAGAGGUUUCAUUCAUAUCACUAGGAGAUAACCAGCAACUAUCAAAAGAUGUACAGACACUUGGACCUGAAGAAAAAGGCUUUUUUAGUAAUGUAUCCGAUACUAUUACUGGAUUUAUAAGAGAAGUUGAACCAGCACCAGUUCUUGGUGUAUCUGGUGGGAUGGGUGUUUUAUUUUUACUUUUUAAGGUAU